AUGGCCGCUCGAGUUCGAGCGUCUUUUACCGAUGAUGACUCGAUAAGCGACCAACUAAAUAUCGGAAUGGUUCGCAUAAAUGCACCACCUACAACAUCCAUUAUUACUCAAAAUGAUCCCGAUGAACAAACAACUUUGAAUGAAUCCAUUGGAACCGUCGGCGGCAAUAUACCAGCUACAAAUGAUUUUCUCACAACGAAUAAUAAUUCCAGUUUAACUGAAGGAAUCAAUCGGGAAUAUGAAAUUCCCAAUCUAUACACAUAUCGAAGAAUCGAAUCCUUACUUGAGCGAAUGCAAGAUGAAAAUAGCGGUCUACCAAUAAAAUCAGUCAAAAGUUUCAUGUCGAAGAUUCCCAGUGUUUUCACUGGUGGAGAUUUAAUACAAUGGGUUUUGAAAACACUUGAUGUCGAUGAUACAGCUGAAGCUCUUCAUCUGGUUAAUCUUAUGUCUUCAUAUGGCUAUAUUCUUCCAAUUGAAGAUCAUGUUUUAACUGUGAAAAAUGAUGGAACGUUUUAUCGUUUUCAGACUCCUUAUUUUUGGCCUUCGAAUCAUGCUGAAGCAGAUAAUAUUGACUACGCUGUAUAUUUAUGUAAACGAACAAUGCAAAAUAAAACUCGAUUAGAAUUAGCUGAUUAUGAAGCUGAAAAUUUAGCCCGACUACAAAAAUUAUUUGCACGUAAAUGGGAAUUCAUUUACAUGCAAGCUGAAGCACAAAUAAAAGUUGAUAAAAAACGCGAUAAAUUCGAACGAAAUGUACUCGAUUCACAAGAACGUGCCUUUUGGGAUGUUUAUCGACCAGCGCCUGGAUGCAUAAAUUCAACUGAACAAGAUAUUAAAAAAUUAUUACGACGAAAAACAAGCUAUAUAAAUCCACGUUUAUUAAUUGAGGCGUAUAGAAAAUCUUCCAUAGCAUCAACAGUAAAUACAGCACCUGCAUCUGCUCUUGCAUUUGCUGCUAAUAAAAGUUUUAUUACCAUGACCGUUGGUCUAUUAACAACAGAAUCGCCGACGGCAACAUCAACAAGUUUCAAUCAAUCAAAUAGUUCUUCCGAAAAUCGACCAUCGAUUUUACGCGAAUGUGACGAAGCUUUAUUAAUUGAUCAAUUAUAUAAAGAAAUUCAAUUUCUCAAACUUCGAAUCGAACGACGAUGUGUAAAAACAUCUAAAGUGUCGGAAACUUCAGUUUCAUAUUUUGAACAAUACGCUGAAUUCGAUCCAUUUAUUACUCUAUGUGAACCAUCGAAUCCAUGGAUAACCGAUUGCAUUGAUCUAUGGGAGUUAGAAAAGGCUGUUAGUUUAAAAGACAUAUCAUCAAGACGUGUUAAACGUUGGAGUUUUUCAAUCAAUGAACUACUAAAAGAUCCUAUAGGUCGUGAUCUAUUUUGGAAAUUUCUCGAUAAAGAAUAUUCAAGUGAAAAUUUACGUUUCUACGAAGCAUCUAUACAAUUACGUUUUCACACUUCACAAAAGGAUGUGCUUAAUCGUGUUAAGGAAAUCUAUAAUGAAUUUCUUUCACCAGGUGCUUACUACUCUAUAAACAUUGAUCAGCGUGUCAUGAAUUUAACCAAAAAUAAUAUGAAUAAUUAUCCUAAUCGAUAUACGUUUGAUGAAGCUCAGGAUCACAUCUUUAAUCUAAUGAAUCGUGAUACAUAUGCUCGAUUUCUGCGUUCAGAAACUUACAAAGAAUUGCUAUUAGGUGGCAAGAAAAAAGUAAGUUUUCGUCGAUCGGAUAUUUUUCAUUUUAAUGACACUGAUGUAGAUUUAUAUUCUUGCUCUACUACGCUCGUUAUUGUUCUUUAUAAUUAUUUUGUUUUUAGUUGUCGAAAAAAUACUGAUAAAGAAAACCGAGCGAAUGCACUUGUUGGACUUAAAGCAGGUCGACUUUCAAUUGUUGUACGAAACCCAAUGGAAAAUUUAUUAAUUAGUAGCAGUGCUGUUACCGGUGGAAAUAGCGAAAAAUAUUUAGUAGGAACUAGUCUUCGUUAA